UCACGGAAAUGGAAACAUCCUUCCGGAUGUGACGUCGACGUUAAACAUGGCUGAUGUGGAGAACACAAACAGACAAGUCGAUAAGAAAAACAUGUCUUUUAAUAUUAGAGAGAAGCUAGAUAUCGGCGAAAAUAUGCCAAAAUUACGUCAUCAAGACACUUCGGAAAGUGGAAAGGGCACUGUCGAAACACGUACAACCUCGGAGUACUGUGAAAAGUUGCAGGGGUGGAUGUGGCAGUACUACACGGCAUAUGUGAACUGGCAAAGUUGGCUGGCAGUGUCUGCUUCUCCGUAUUUUGCACCGCAACCAAUGCAACCACUCACUGCACCCGUCUGGCCAGCGGAUUUCCCUAAUUUUGAUGCCCAGAACUGGUACAAUAAUCCAUUUGGACUCCCCUUAUCGACGUAUCCAACCGCCAUCCCCGCGGCUGGGAUUCCGCCUGGGGAAACGGCUGGGAGUGGUGCUGUGUCCACUUCAGUACCAGCGCAACAACAACCACAACAGAACGGCAAUGCACAACGGCCAGGUCGAGAAUACAGUAUUCCCUCUCCUCUUCAAAGGUUCAUGGCUGAAAUGGUGGAUUUCUUCAUUCUGUUCUUCAUCAAAGCAACUAUUAUUCUCAGCAUCAUGCAUCUGAGUGGGAUGAAGGACAUUUCCAAGUUCGCCAUGCAUUUCAUUGUGGAGGAAAUAGAUGAAGACACGUCCAUGGAAGAACUCCAGAAGAUGAUGCUGGUCGCCCUGGUCUACCGGAUAUUAGUCUGUUUCUAUGAGAUUGUGUGUAUCUGGGGAGCAGGGGGUGCCACUCCAGGGAAGUUUCUCAUUGGUCUCAGAGUGAUCAGCUGUGAUUCCUCCAUCCUGGUUCAACCCAACCGGGUCCUCGUGGUGCCUGCCACUAAUGUCACUCUCUCUGCAUCGACAGUCCGAGCCAUGAACAAAAACUUCUCCAUUGCCUUCUUGUUCCCAGCCUUCAUCACGGUCUUCUUCUUCCAACACAACAGGACUGUGUAUGACAUGGUGGCUGGCACUAUCGUUGUCAAGCGCACCGGAGCCAGAUGACCAUUCUGAUUGGUUAAGGCCAAGCUAAUGCCUGGCUGGGACCUGGCUACUAUUUUAUUUAAAGAGGUACAUGUUGCUCUCAACCCUGCAGUACAGAGGAGGCUGGUGAGGGGAGGACAUCUCAUAAUAAUGGCUGGAGUGGAGUGAAUGGAAUGGUAUCAAACACAUGGAAACCAUAAAUUCCGUUCCAUCCAUUACAGUGAGCCCGUCCUCCGGUUGAAAGUGACACCACUAAGGCAGCCUAGUGUCACUAGUCUGGGGAGACAACUGAACUGGGAACCACUCUGCAAAAACGAUGACGGGAGGCGAAAGCUCUGCAUGAGCCUGAAGACAGGAAAUACACUAUGACAUCAUCAGUAUCUAGGUCCCUCUACAAAGCUCUUGUUUGUGACGUCAGAGUUUUUAGAACCAUCUCUUGUUUCUCAACUACUGUACUCUGGUUGUUUUUCAGAGGAGGUAUACGCUCUACCCUUUUAGAUUUGUGCAAUGGUAGUAUGCAAAUUAGCACCUGAUCAGUUAGGAAGCACUGAGGAAAAGUUAUUAAAGGUUUUCAUUGAAUUGCCUUUGCUUUUCAAAAUGUAUUAAAUGAAAAUCUAAUCUCUAGGAUGAGUAAGUGGAAGACUAGAGAAUAGUUAUUUAGUAGUUUUAACCUAUCAGCAUAUUGAUGCAGUUUUAUGAUUUGACUUAUUUUAAGAUAUUGCUUGGUAACAAUCCAACACUCCUAGAAUUACAACAUGCUAAUGGUUUGGUUGACAUUGCCCUCGUGUCUUACUGCACUAUGGGUGAAUUAUUGUCUCAUCAUUAUCUGGUUACAACUAGACACUUCUUUGGUUGUCAUCAGACUAUAAAAUAGCUUUAUUUUGGAUCUGUUAACAGAAGACCUGGGCUGAUUCAGUGUAGACUUUCACGUGUAUUAUCUCAAUGCUCAAGAGGAGAUGUAUUUAACCUGGCAAGUCAGUUAAAGAACAAAUUCUUAUUUACAUUGACGGCCUACCCCUAACACGGACGAAGCUAGGCCAAUUGCACGCCGCCCUUAUGGGACUCCCAAUCAUGGCCGGCUGUGAUACAGCCUGGAAUCGAACCAGGGUCUCUAGUGAUGCCUCUAGCACUGAGAUGCAGUGCCUUAGACCGCUGCGCCACUCAGGAGCCCCAUGUGGUCGUGUUUCAGUUGAUAUAGUAUCUGAUCUAACAUGGAAAAACACAUUUGUUUCUUAGGACUGUAUUUAUGUUUGGAACUUCAGUCGUAAUUGAACCACUCUCUAAAUCAUUCCUUAAACUUUGUAACAUGAGAUAAUUGACCAAAUACCAGAAAGCUGGAGUGAGUGGCACGUUGUUCUCCAUCACAGCAUUAAGCAAUUUUACCACAGCCUGCAUUAAUGAACUCAACAAGUAUUAAGGGGAAUAUUAAUGAUUGGUCUAAUCUUGUCUAAAUGUACCCAUGACCACCAAACUUGUCACCAUAUCCAAUUUCGCCACGGAGAUUAAAACAUUUUGAGUGCUUCAAGCGGACAGUAUUAUGAUAGUGUCUGUCAGUAAAUGCUACUACCAUAUGAGGUGCCAUUGGGGUUUCAAUUCUGGUCAUUUCCCCCAAAUUCCCAGGUUUUCCAGAAAUCCCAGUUUGAAGAUUCCUGAAUUCUGAAGCAAGAAAUCCAGAAUCCUUUAGCCAGAAUUUCUGGGGAAAAUGGUGAAUACCUGAGUAUUGAGUCCAGAUGUAGUAUCACUUUUUCAGAAUUAGAUGUCAGCUAACUAUGAUUCUAAUUUCUGUUUGUUGUUUUAGUCCAAAGUGACAGGCUCACCUGUCUUCCUAACAACAUGUUACCUUUCCUUGGUUGUCAUUUUAAUAUAUUUGCCUUGAUUAUAGAAUAUAAGUACUACAGUAUUGCUAUACAUUUGUAAAAGUACAGUAACCGUAUAAAGAAAAUGGCCCGGUAUAAAAUGUAAGUAAUUCAGUUGCUAGGCUACAUCUAAUACCAUGGGAUGAUAGUGCAGUAUUGAUGUAUUUUAUUUGUAGUUUUAUACAUUAAUUUAUGAAAUAUGAUUGUGUACUAAUUAUUUUAUUUUAGUAAAUGAGCUUGGUGUAUUAGUUGGAAUUGUCGGCACAUUUCGGGGUUGAAUUUGCACUUUUUAUGGAUUUUAAUUCACAUGAAUAAAACUUUAUUGAUCAUUAUUUUA